AUGGCCUCGACGUAUACGUACGAUACACCACCGCAUACACCACCACGGAAGGGGACAUGGCAGUCGACUUCGUCGUCGUCGCCAGCGCAGUUCAAGGACGAACCCGAUCAGGAAGCGACGCCACUCGAGGCGCACCUCGCUUCGACCUCCGCGAGGGGUCAGAGCUACCCUUUGACGCCUUCGCCUACACCACCUAGGAAGAGGGAUGGGAAGGGGAAGGGGAAGGAAGUCGGAGCGAGUGAGGAGCGCUUGAUGGAGUUGCAGAGGUUGAGUUUGGAGGAUCAAGAGCGAGAGGGAGUAGAUCGGGAUCAGGGGGAGGAGGGUGAGCGAGACCAGGAGCGCAAGCUGACCAAGAAGGAUGAUGAGGACGAACCUUUGUUGGCGUGAGUUGCUUGCAGAGCGGUGCUUGGGUUUGGGAGUGGAAUAGCUGAUGGCAGGCGUGUCCCGAUCGGAUCGACAGUGCUUCGUCGUCGCGCUUCGUACUCUUCCCGAUACAGUACCAUGAGGUCAGCCCAGAACGACAUGCUCUGUAUGGGAACCACGGCGUACUUACCGACUUCCAUGCUCAUCACCCCAGAUCUGGGCCAUGUACAAACAAGCCCAAGCGUCCUUUUGGUCCGCCGAAGAGAUCGAUCUCGGCAACGACCUCCACGACUGGCACCACAAGCUCAACAACGACGAACGCUACUUUAUCGCCCACGUGCUCGCCUUCUUCGCCGCUUCGGAUGGGGUCGUGAAUGAGAAUUUGGUCGAGAGGUUCUCGAGCGAGGUGCAGUUCGCCGAGGCGAGGUGCUUUUAUGGGUUUCAGAUCAUGAUGUCAGUUCAAAGCGCAGAGACAAGUUUUUCGGAGAAAGUAGCAUCGCUGAUCUGGAUGCCGGUCUGUUCAAAUAGGGAGAACGUCCACUCGGAAGUGUACUCGUUGUUGAUCGACACAUACAUCCGGGACCCUGUCGAGAGGCAACAUUUGUUCCAUGCGAUCGAGACGGGUCAGUCUUCUCACCUUCCUCGGACAGCGUUCUCGGAGUGCAGGAGAGCGAUUGGGCUGACUUGACCCUCGAAAUGGCGAAUUAACAGUGCCUUGCAUCAAGAAAAAGGCAGAUUGGGCAUUACGUUGGAUCGAGGACCAGGAAUCAACCUUUGCUGAACGCUUGAUCGCUUUCGCUUGCGUCGAGGGCAUCUUCUUCUCUGGUGGGUCCGAGCAAGACAAAGUCAAUCUUCCCUCAACCGAUCAGAGAGUUGACUGACCUUUCCUUUCAUUCAAUUCAGGCUCCUUCGCCUCCAUCUUUUGGCUCAAAAAACGAGGCCUCAUGCCCGGCCUCUGUUUCUCCAACGAGCUCAUAUCCCGCGACGAAGGUCUUCAUACCGAAUUCGCCGUCCUCUUGUUCAGUCAUUUGAACAAGAGACCAGGUCAAGGAUUGGUGCAUCGGAUCGUGAAGGAGGCGGUUGAUAUCGAGAAGGAGUUCUUGACCGAGGCUCUGCCUGUGGCGUUGAUUGGUAUGAAUUCGGGGUUGGCUUGCAAGUGAGUGUUCCGGCGGCGAGCAGGAUGAGAGUUCGUUGGGUCAGCUACUGAAUUGUUUGGAAUGUAGGUACAUUGAAUUCGUCGCCGAUCGCUUGGUCGUCUCACUCGGAUUCGAUAAAAUCUACGGCACGCCCAACUCACUCGACGUAGGUUCUCUUUUCCUUCACAAACCUUUCUGCCCCCGGUCAAUCCGACUGAUCCUCCCCACGCCUUCCCACGCCUCUCCACGAUACAGUUCAUGGAAUCCAUCUCGCUCGAACGCAAAGCCAAUUUCUUCGAGAACCGCGUCUCGUCGUACCAAUUGAGCGGGUUCGGCGGAAACCGAGAAGGGUCGGAUGGGAGUUGGUCUUCGAGGAGGAAGGAGCAUGAGUUUAGGACGGAUGCUGAGUUUUGA